CAAGAGGGUGUCAUGGGGAGUUUUCUUACUUGACACCUCUGAUUUUUAACAAAUGGACCUCAGCUGCUCCAGGAAAUAAAACGGUGGCUUUUAAGGUGGUUUUAAAACCACUCAGAGCUCUUGGGGUCAGCCAGCUAAGACCUUUCUCUGCCUCGCUCACCUUGGAGAAUCGCAUUUCCCAGGCUCUGAGUUCCUUUCUGUAGAACAGGGGGCCGGCCCGGGCUAUCCAUGUCCCAGGGCCCUUCUUGCUCUAAAACCCUACAAUUCUUUGCCUUUCGACAGAACGGAGUCACAGUUUCCUGGAGGCCGUCCGUGGAGUUUCCAGGGAACCUGUACCGGGGAGAAGGCGUUGUGGACGGAACGGCAAAGGCCGUGUGGGAGCUGGUGAAGCCGCUGCCUGGGAGCCUUCGAGAGAAGUGGGACCAGAACGUGGCCAGUUUUGAGAUCGUCCAGAGCAUCACCGACACCCUGUGCGUAACCAGGACCGCCACCCCCUCGGCCGCCAUGAAGCUCAUUUCUCCCAGGGACUUUGUGGACCUGGUGCUGGUCAAGACGUACGAGGAUGGGACCAUCAGCUCCAACGCUGCCAACCUGGAGCAUCCGUUGUGCCCCCCGAAACCGGGUUUUGUGAGAGGACUGAACCAUCCCUGUGGCUGCUUCUGCGAGCCUGUGCCAGGGGAGCCCAGCAAGACCAAGGUGGUCACCUUCUUCCAGACGGACCUGAGUGGCCUCCUCCCGCAGAGUGUGGUGGAUGCCUUCUUCCCCCGCAGCAUGGCCGGGUUCUACGCCAGCCUUCAGAGAGCAGCUUGUGCCAGCUCCGACUGA